AUGAUCACGAAAGCAGCGGCGUCAUAUAUGAACGGCCAGCUUUCUACAAACAUCGACUCGGCCUACGGAUACGUAUCAUUCUUGGCACAAUUUGCACGGCAAGUAAGAGAUAUCGAGAUCAUCCGACAGGACUGGCGAAACCCAUCAAAGCUCGUUUCACUGCUUCCUCUGCUCCGACAGUUCAGGAUACGGAAUGCAACAGACCCCAGAGAUAAGGUGUAUGCACUCAUCGGCAUGGUCCAGUAUUGGGGUGGCCAACACAAGAUUGCUCCCGACUACAACCUCGACGUGACAAAUGUUUACUGGCAGGUGUCUAUCACAGUCAUCAAAAACAUGCAGUCGCUUGAGGUUCUGUGUGGCACACCAAACGCCACAAGUGACGGCGACCCACGGCUCACCCAUCCAGGGCAUCCCUCCUGGGUGAUAGACUGGAGUUACAGACCAAGUGCCACCGAAAACAUCCGCCUUGAAACACAAGGAUUCUAUGAUGCCUCAAGCCACCUGCCCCCCGGCCAAGUUCGUCUUCACGGCCGGCUCCUAUUAGAGGUAGAAGGAGUUGAGCUCGAUCGGAUCCAUUGGGUCUGCGACGAAGUAGUCAACUCCCAUCACGGCAGAGACGGUGGCGCCAGACGAUGGCGAGAGGUCGUGAAGAGUUGGGAAGAGCUAGUCGUCGAGGUCCUAGGAGACGACAAUCGACCAUAUGCCGGUGGAGGAACCGUUGGCAAUGCCUUUUGGCGCACUAUCUGCGGAAACAUUGAAUACACCCACGCUGGAAUAUCCCUCGCUGGGGACGAUGUGUCGUCCGCAUACGCCAAAUGGCGAAGCGUCGACUUUCACCAUAGAAGAACGACAUCAAUCGUUGGUGAUCACCUGCAGGAGCCGGUCUUCAAUGCCAAGCAUGGGAUGACUGAGAAGGAGUUGGAGUCUGAAAAGAGGAACGCGUUCCACUACGCCGUCAGGUUUGCGUGUAGUGAUAGGAAGUUCUUUAUCACGGAUAAGGGCUACAUCGGGACUGGCCCUCGCGGCGUAAGCAGUGGUGAUAGGGUUUCUGUUGUGUCGGGGAGCCGGGUACCGCUGAUAUUGCGACCUUCAACACAAGAGGUAGGGUGCAACCAUAGAGUGGUUGAGGCGUUGAUCAAGCGGCCCGAAGACCGAGUGUUCUACCAGGCUGGUGAAGAAGCCAAACAGAUGAUGAAACAAGGAGAUAGCGUCUGCAACGAGUUGCAUCGGGGACUGUAUAAUCUGAUAGGGGAUGCUUAUGUUCAUGGGGCUAUGGAUGGGUGUUUCUUCGGUGACGUUAGAUAG